AUGAGUAUUGUCCCAAAUACAGAAAAGCCGGAAGAUGAAUAGAAUCAAAAUGUCUGGAACUCAGAGGGUCAAAAUGUUACUAAAUCUUUACUUUUAGAUGAAAGUAAGGAGAAGUUAUAAUUGGAAGUUGAAAAAAGAAGAUAAGAGAAAGAAGCAUUAAGAAAAGAAGAAGAAGAUUAGUACAAAACUGUGUAACUUAUCCCAUACAUUUAUAAGUCUAUUGAUGGAAACGUUUAAACAUAUAUUCUACCUUAAGAUUAAAAAGUAUUAUACACAAUAGUGGAAAGCGAUAAAGGUGAAUUUUUUUUCAAAGUGUUCAAUUUUAAGACUUUUGAAAUUUUGAAUGAGCAACCAUUUAAUGAAAGUAAAUAUGAAACCUAAAUCAUGAGUUUAUCACCUGAUCAAACAAAGAUUAUUCUACUUGAUUCUUCAUUAAUAAAACACCCGUUUUAAGAAAAGGAGAGCACAUAAAAUUAUAAAAUUGAUAAAUGUGAUGAUAAGCCAACCUUCUGCAAUCUUAGUGGCUUACCUGAACAUAAAUAUAAAUUAAUCUUUGGAUUAUUAGCCAUUAAUAGUAUAAAGAAUAAGAAGACAUAUCUGUUUUAACUCUAAGAUUAAUUCAAAAUGAUAAAAGAAUUCGAUGGAAAAUUAGAAUUAGUAGAGAAUCAAGAUAAGGGUUGUCUGAUUAAAGAUAAUAAAUUAACUAUUAUAGAUCUAGAUAGCUUGAGUUUCACAAUAUUAGCUUCAUUUAACUACCUAGAUACUGAUUAGGCUCAUAUCUUAUAUUGCUACAUCAUAAAUGACUUUCUCUAUUAAAGGUAAUAUGAACUGAAUCUUCAAACUUCUUUCUUAAGAGUGCGCGAUAUAUAAAAUGGUGGUGAAUUGGUUAGCAACAUUCCUAUACCCAGUUAUAAUUCAUUGGUAACAAUUAAUGAGGACCAAACAUUUUAUUUCAAUAAAAAUGAUUAACUAUGUUUUAUUACAAACAUAUUCAGGACUAGCAUUUAAAAACCAUUGGCUAGAAUCGAUGAAAGAUACAAAUCCAGGAAUUUGCAUGUCAACCAAGAUUAAAUGCUGAUUGGAUUUGAUCAGAGGUUUUAAAUGACAGAUACCAAGACUGGAUAUAUUUAAAGAUUUUUUGCACCUUCAAAGAUCUCAAUGGUUCUUUACUAAAUUUAAACUAAAGCUUAUUCUUAUGGUUAUUUUUAGGAAGUUUAAUGUUUUUACUAAACAAAAGAUGACCCUUAUACAGUUAUUUUGGCUAGUUAUUCAGAUCUUAUUUUAGUGAAAAUUGAUCCUAAAAAUACAUCUUUCAGACAUAAAUAUUUGUAGAGAAUGGUUAAUAAUAACUUAAAAUCAUAAUUUGAAGAAAUCAGAAAUUAAUCAAUUCUUUUUGUUAAAAAUUCUGAUGGAAAACUUUUGAAAUAUUUUGAUAAUUGGUCUAAAAAUGAAAUUUUGAUUCCUACAAGAAUUUUUUAACGAAUUCAAGUUUCUGGAAAAUAUUUAAAGAUUGUUGGUUUGCCUAAGGAUACUAAGAAAAUUUUAGAGAUCUAUGACUAUGAUACCUAAGAAUUAUAAAAGUAACUUUGUUAUAAACUAAAUGUGGUAUCAUUUAUCUUAAUGUAAGAUAAUUGCUUAAGUCUUCUAUAUGACAACUCAUUUCAUCUUCAAAAAUUCGUCGGUUAAAAGCAAAUGUCAUAAAUCAUAAAAAUUGAGAAUGUUUUCAUUAAUGACUUCAAAAAUAUGCUCUCAAAAAAAGAUGGAGAAAACUUUCAGAUUUGGACUGAUUAAAGGGAUUAUCUUAGAAUUCAGUUAAAUAACUUUAAAAAGACUGGAAUUUUGGACCCUAUUUGUGUUCAAAAGUAGGCUACUCUUGUCAGAAUAGAUGGUGCUAAAGAUACCUACUCCUUUUAUGACGAAUUAUCUUAGCAAACAGGCUUUAUUAACAGUUUAUUUUCUCAGGAAGGGCUGAUGAAAGUCUACAACUCUCAUUCAAAUAGAACUCCAACAGAUAUUAUCAACAGUUUCAAAAAAAAUGUUCAUUAAGAGCUACUAUCUUAUAUUCCUAAUGUUCCAAGCUUUUUAUACUAAAUUGCUCUUAAACCUACCAUUCUUGAAGAAUAUCUUAAAUCAUUAAUCUUAAUUGACAAACGCAAAAUACCAAUUUUGAUUCAGAUGAAUCAAGCUGAUCAUAAAACUCCACUCAGCAUUGCUAUUGAGUAAAAGAAAUAAAAAAGCAUAGAAAUUUUAUUGGAAAUUUUGAUUAAAUUCUAAAAUCACCCGAUCUUUUCAAAAUUUAUAGAUAACAAUUUGUGUGAUAUCAUCGAUUAGAACAUUGAUUUGAGAGAGUACUUUGAAAGCAAUUUGACUAUGUUUUAGAUCAAGGACGAGACUUAUCCAUCACCCAAGAGAUUUAUAGAAACAAUUUGUAAAGCUACCAAAAUCAGUUUAUUUGAGAACACUUGUGUUCAGACUAUAAUUGAUUACAAAUGGGAGUAAUAUACAAAAGCAUUUUAUAUAAAGCAUUUCUUCCUAUUCCUUGCUUUUAUUGUGUCACUAAUCACAGACACUUUUGUUUCAAUUCAAAUGAAGAGAACUCUUGAUGAAAGCUAAAAAGAAAUAAAUUAGUAUUUUUGGACUGCUCUUUUUAUUUCAGUAGGAUUUAAAUCUAUUUGCUUUAUUCUCUUAAUCUAUUUUGCUCUAUAUGAACUAAAAACAAAAGAAGCUCUUGGUUCCUGGGGCAGAUACUUUGAAUCUUUCUGGAAUAUUUUAGACUUUAUAUUGAUAGCUUUAUAUGCUUUUGUUUUCGUUAUUGACAUUAUGGACUAUUUUGAUUUUUCAUUUUUUACAGAUUCAACUUCAAAGAUUCUGCUUUGUCUUUUCAUAUUCUUAGCUUUUAUUAAAUUUUGCUAUUUUAUGAGAAUUUUGAGUGGAUUCAGUUCUUUAGUCUACAUGCUUUUGGGAGUGUUCUUGGAUAUUAGAUAUUUUUUAACAUUUUAUCUAGUCUUUAUAAUUUUGUUCAGUCUUCAAUUUUCUGUUCUCUUUAAUGGAAGUACACCUGAACAAUACAGCGGAAUAAAUUAAUUUGGUUACUUCAUAAUGGCCUUUAGAUUAUCGACUGGAGAUUUUGACACCGAUGGCUUCAGUGAACUUCCAUAAGAACUUAUUAUAACAAUCUGGCUAAUAUGGAUAUUAGCUGUUGUUAUUUUGAAUCUUAUUCUUAUGAAUUUCAUUAUUGCAGUUAUUUCAUAAAGUUAUGAGAGAGCAAUGUAACGUUUAAUUCCACAGAACUAUGCUAUUAGAGCAGAAUUUAUCUAUGAAAGAGAACUUUUCAUGUAAAACAAUGAAAUUAGUGAUGAAAAUUUCCCAAGAUAUCUGCUAUUGAGAAGAAAAAUUAUUGAGGAAAAUGAAAAUAAGGAAUGGCAAGGAUUUGUUAAGGACAUAAAGACCUCAUAUAAAGCUAAUACAAAUAACAUUAAGGUGUAAAUGGAGCUUGUCAGGCAACAAAUGGCCAAGCUUAAUGAAAGCAAUAGAAGAUAUGAUUUGGCUUUUGAUACCUGA